UGACUGUUAGCAAUAAACAUCUCAACAUUACAAUUUAAAUCUUUUGGGAAAUUUUUCAUCGUGACGGCGCUGAGUAUCCAUUAUUAAAUGCUUUUUUGUCAUUCAUUUAUUAAAUAUUAAUUCCUUUUUGCUAGAUUUUUUCCAUCUGAACUAAAAUUAUUUAUCACCAUGGGAGACACUUGGGAUGAUCCUAGCCCUGUACCAAUGGCACAGGAAUUGCCCGAAAUUAAACUUUUCGGCAAAUGGAGUUCGAGUGACGUGCAAGUUAGCGAUAUAAGUUUAACGGAUUACAUUGCUGUAAAAGAAAAAUAUGCUAGAUAUUUACCACAUUCUGCUGGAAGGUUUGCUACAAAACGUUUUCGAAAAGCUCAGUGUCCUAUCGUAGAGAGGUUAACAAAUUCAAUGAUGAUGCAUGGUCGAAACAAUGGAAAGAAACUUAUGGCUGUCAGAAUCAUCAAACAUGCAUUUGAAAUCAUUCAUCUUAUGACUAAUGAGAAUCCUCUUCAAGUUUUAGUAAAUGCCAUUAUCAACAGUGGUCCCAGAGAAGAUUCUACCCGUAUUGGUCGUGCAGGAACUGUGAGAAGACAGGCUGUUGAUGUGUCCCCCCUUCGACGAGUCAAUCAAGCAAUCUGGCUUUUGUGUACUGGUGCUCGAGAGGCAGCCUUCAGGAAUGUCAAAACAAUUGCCGAAUGCUUAGCUGAUGAAUUGAUGAAUGCCGCUAAGGGAUCUUCAAACAGUUAUGCAAUUAAGAAGAAAGACGAAUUGGAACGUGUUGCUAAAUCUAAUCGUUAAAUUUCUAGUAAACUAUUCUUGUGGUCAAAUAAAGUUUUAUUUGCCAGAA